GGCGGGUAAUCCGAUAAUAAUAUAUAGAUAUUUUUGCUAAUACAAAUGAAUGCCGUGUAAAUUAAUAAAUAUGGAUUUUAAAAAGAGAUUUAAAAAGCAUAAUUUGAAGAUAUUGAAGACUAUUGGGAAAGGCACAUAUGGAAACGUUUACCUAUGCGAAAUGAUGAAAAACAAUAUGUUGACGAUAGUAAAAGAUAUAGAAUUAAACAUAAAAAUACAGGACCAUAAACAGGAAAUAGCGAACGAAGUUAAGAUAUUAUCAAAAAUGAAACAUCCUAAUAUAAUAAAAUUUUAUGAAUGUUAUUAUUUAGAUAAUCACGUAAUGAUAUGUAUGGAAUAUGCUAUUAGCGGGAAUCUAGCGGAAUACAUGUAUCAGCGAUGUCCUAAAUUAAUAAAGCAGCAGGAAAUAUUAUUCUAUUUUUGCCAAGUAUUAUUAGGAGUUAGUUACAUUCACAAGUUACAAAUAAUUCAUAGAGACUUGAAAGCUGAAAAUAUACUUUUGACGGGAAGUAAUGGAGUUAUUGUAAAAAUUGGUGACUUCGGUAUCUCUAAAAUGUUGGCUAGUGCGAAAAAAACCUCGACUGUAAUUGGUACUCCAUAUUAUUUAGCACCCGAAUUAUGUGAGGGAAAGCCGUAUGAUACAAAAAGCGACAUUUGGGCUUUAGGCUGUUUACUUUAUGAAAUGUGUACACAUCGCAGAGCGUUUGAAUCCGAGACCCUCGUUGGAUUAGUUAAAGCUAUAACAUGUGGAAGUGUACACCCAGUUGACCUAACUGUUUAUGACAGGGGUAUUCAGGACCUUAUCGACUCAAUGCUAUCUAUUUUACCAGACAAAAGACCAACAAUAAAAGAUCUCAUGGGAAAAAAGAUUAUUCUGGAAAUGAUAUAUGUUGUAUAUUUAGAUGCUGGUAAUGAUGAAUUGUUGAAUGUAAAAUUUAAUAAUUUGUAAUUUCAUUUAAUAUAAGGGUAUGAUGACAUUGAAAUAAAAUAAUAAUUAUGAUUUA